GGGUGGGGGAGAGAGGCUCCCGAUUCCGCGUAGCCAUGAGCGCCGCCGCGUCGGCCGGGUUCGACGGCGUUCGGCUGGUCCUCUGAAGGCCCGCACCAUGAGCCAGGCCAGCACGCUGCAGCGCCGCACCACCUACCUCAUCUCCCUCACCCUGGUCAAGGUGGAGGAGGUGGGGGAGGGCGGGGCCCGGCAGGGGAGGGGGGCGGACGGAGGCGAGACGCCGGGAGGGGCGCCGGGGGACGAGGAGUGGUCCGCGCGCUCCCAGAUGGAGGAGGGAGAGGGCGACACGGAGCAGGAGGAGGACGAGAGCCUCGCCACGGCCGCCAGGGAGAAGGCCACGCCCCGGGGCGGGGACGGCGCGCCGCCGGGACGGCCCGACGCCAGGACGUCCCGCACCGACGGCGCCUCUUGCCCCGGAACCAAAGACGGUGCAAAAUCGCUCCCCUCUGCCCUGGAACUCAAAAGGAGGAGUGAGUGGGUGGAGGGAGUGGUGGAGGGGGGGUUUCAGAGAGAGGGCGAAGCCCCAAAAACGGAGCCCGGCAGCGAGACCUCGCAGUCCUCCUGCGUGUCGGCGGACGCGGGCGAUGGCGGCGUCUCUGUGCGGGCCGGGGCGCGGCCGGGGGCCCUGGCGAAGGGCCACGGGGGCCCGGCGAGCCGCCGAGACCUGAGGGAGGCCCGGGAGAGCGUCCCCGCCUCCGCCAAGAGCCUGGACCGCAAGGACGGCAAGGCGCUGGCCCGCUCGCCCGGAACCGGCGCCCCGGGGCCCUGCAGGGCGUCCUGGGCGGACAGCGAGGGGGCCUUCAAAGUGGCGGCGCGGGGGAGCGAGGGGGCCUUCAAAGCGGCCGCGCGGGAGAGCCCCCGGGCCGAGAGGCUGAAGGUGGGCUCCGCCUCCCUCCCGGCCCCCGCCGCGCCCGUGCCCAAGCCCCCGCGCAAGGGCAAGAGCCGCACCCUGGACAACAGCGACCUGCACUCCCUGUCCCAGGACCUGCGGCGGGGCAAGGAGGGCCAGGCGCCGCCCCCGCCGCUGCCGGGCCAGUCCCAGCGCACCUCGGCCCGCGACCGCAAAAUGCUCAAGUUCAUCAGCGGGAUCUUCACCAAGAGCUCGCCCGUCCCGGCCAGCGCCGCCACGGCGCCGCCCCUCUACGCCUCCGUGCAGCGCGAGUCCAGCGAGGAGGAAGCGGCCUGUGCCAACAGUCAAGAAUGGACCCUGAGUCGCUCCAUCCCUGAACUUCGCCUGGGGGUUCUGGGCAGUCUCAGGAGUGGAAAGUCUGCCCUGGUCCACAGAUACCUGACAGGGAGCUAUCACCCUCUGGAAUCUGCUGAAGGGGGCCGGUUUAAGAAAGAAGUCCUGGUGGACGGACAGAACCACCUGCUGCUAAUCAGAGAGGAGGCCGGCCCACCGGACGCACAGUUCAGCUCCUGGCUGGACGGGGCCAUCCUGGUCUUCAGCCUGGAGAACGAGCCAAGCUUCCAGGAGGUGUACAAGAGCUACAGCCAGCUGGCCGUGCACCGCAAUGUGGCGGAGGUCCCGCUGAUAGUGGUGGGGACGCAGGAUAAGAUCAGCAGCACCAACCCGCGGGUGAUCGAGGACGCGCGGGCGCGGCAGCUGUGCUGCGACGUGCGGCGGUGUACGUACUACGAGACCUGCGCCACCUACGGGCUGAAUGUCAACCGCGUCUUCACUGAAGCUGCUCAGAAGAUAGUGGCGGUGAAGAAGCAAGCGCUCCUCCUGGCGUCCUGCAAGUCCCUGCCCAACUCCCCCAGCCAUUCGGGGGGCUCCACUCCCCUCUCCGGAGCCUUUCCUGGACAGGCCAGUAAUGGAGGCCAGAGCAGUGACUACUCCUCCUCUCUGCCCUCCACCCCUGUCAUCAGCCACAAGGAGAUGAGGGGGGUGUCGGGAGGUGAAGCAGGGGGGAGCGCCACCCCGGGGCCGCAGCGGAGCACCCCCCGCCGCCGCACCUCCCGCUUCACGAACCGGCGCGGCAGCGACUCGGAGAAGAGGGCUGCCGAUGGUAAAGGGGACGUGGGCAGCGGGCGGUCGAUCCCCAUCAAACAGAGCAUCCUGCUGAAGCGCAGCGGAAACUCCCUCAACAAGGAAUGGAAGAAGAAGUAUGUUACCCUGUCCAACAACGGCAUGCUGUCCUACCACUCGAGCGUCAACGACUACAUGCUGAAUAAUCACGGGAAGGAGAUAGACUUGUUGCGUGUGACGGUCAAGGUGCCGGGGAAACGGCCACCGCGUGCUGUGACUUCCUGUGGCCCCGCCCCCGGCCUCAACGGAUUGGUCAAGGACAUGCCUGGGCCCGACGGGGCAAGUGCAGCUCCUACAUUUCCCAGUAGCCUCCUGCCAGUAGAAGAGGGGAGUGGGAGUGGCGUGUCACCAAGAGGGGAUAAGGGGGCACAGAAGUGCCCCUCAUCACUUCCAAGCAAGGCGCAAAGUGUGGACUCAGCCAUUGAAACAGUAUCCAGUCCCCCCUCUGCAAAAGACCUGGCUCCAGCCUCCCCAAUGAUUGACAGGAAGAAACACAGAAGGAAGAAAAGCAUGAACCAGAAAGGCGAUGCUGCCAUUGGACAAGCUGAGGCCAAGCGCAAAAUGUGGAAAUUAAAAAGCUUUGGUAGUUUGAGAAACAUUUACAAGACAGACGAGGAAAAUUUUGACUUCAUGAUCGUGUCGAGCACGGGCCAGACAUGGCACUUCGAGGCCCAGAGCAUGGAGGAGCGGGACGCCUGGGUCCAGGCCAUCGAGAGCCAGAUCCUGGCCAGCCUGCAGUCCUGUGAGAGCAGCAGAAACAAGGCUCGGAGGAACAGCCAGAGUGAAGCAGUAGCACUGCAGGCUAUUCGUAACGCCAAGGGCAACAGCCUGUGUGUGGAUUGCGAAGCGCCAAACCCCACGUGGGCCAGCCUGAAUUUGGGGGCGCUGAUCUGCAUCGAGUGCUCGGGGAUCCACCGUAACCUGGGGACCCACCUGUCGCGCGUGCGCUCGCUGGACCUGGACGACUGGCCGCGCGAGCUCACCCUGGUCCUCAGCGCCAUCGGCAACCACACCGCCAACAGCAUCUGGGAGAGCCGCACCCUGGGCCGCCAGAAGCCCACGCCGGACUCCACGCGGGAGGAGAGGGAGUCGUGGAUCCGGGCCAAGUACGAGCAGCGGGUGUUCGUGCCCCCCCUGCCGGCGGCGGGCGGGACCCUGUCCGCCCGGCUGCUCUCCGCGGUCACCCAGAGGGACCUCCCCGCCCUGCUGCUCCUCCUGGCGCACAGCACCAAGGAGGAGAUCAACGCCCCCCCGCCCCCCGUCCUGCCCGGCGGCGCCCCCCAGCAGCCCCACCCCGCCCUGCACGCCGCCUGCCAGCUCGCCGACGUGGUCAUGACCCAGCUCCUUGUCUGGUAUGGCAGUGACGUGAAAGCGCGGGACACCCAGGGCCAGACGGCGCUGGCGCUGGCUCGCCGGGCGGGGAGCCAGGAGUGUGCGGACAUCCUGCUGCAGCACGGCUGCCCAAACGAGCCCCCCCCGCCCGCCCUCACGCCUACCCUCUCCCGAAAGAGCAGCAGCACCAGCCUGAGCCGUACCAACUCCAGGAGAGGGGUGUCCUAACAUCUCUCCCCCUGAAGCAAAGCAAGAGUAGCACAGGACUAAAGGGAGGCGGGGGGGUGAUU